ACCCAAAAACAAUGAGAUCCAAUCCCAAGUUUCUUGAGUGACAAAACCCUAAUUUCAAAUUUGUUAACAAAACAACCCUAAUUUCCACCAAGCUCAAACAGAGAGAAGAAGAAUCACCGUUCCAGCGUCUCCAUUUUCGUACCGUUCUACAAUGGCCACUAUACCUGUUAAUCCCAAGCCUUUUUUGAACAAUUUGACUGGGAAGCAUGUUAUUGUCAAACUAAAAUGGGGAAUGGAGUACAAAGGUUAUCUUGUUUCAGUUGAUUCCUAUAUGAACUUGCAGUUGGCCAACACUGAAGAGUACAUUGAGGGAAAUUUCACUGGAAACUUGGGAGAGAUUUUAAUCAGAUGCAACAAUGUUCUCUAUCUUCGCGGAGUACCAGAGGAUGAAGAAAUUGAAGAUGCUGCUGAAGACUAGAAUGAAAAAAAAAACUGAUAACUGUCAAUUUAUUUACUGUUUUUGUAUCUUCAAUUAAAUGCAUGUGUUUUUCUUGUGUAGUUAUGUGUAGAGAUUUGAAUCAAUGAUACCCUCAACAAUGGGGUGUAGAUGUUAAAACUGUUCAAAUUAAAUGACGCAAUUCACUGGAAA